UUUACCUUGAUUUAAAGACCAACAGAAACCCACUUAUCUUCCCGGCAUUGGAUGAACGAUUCACUGCUGAACGAGUGUUCAUGGAUCCAUGGGACUCAGAGAGAUGGAUGAAGAAGGUGGUGCGGACAAACCAGCUGUGUGUUAAAUAGCAGGGGGCGUGUCUGCAUCUACAGCCUGUUAGUUCAGGGUGGGAGACGACAUGCUGGACCUCUUGCGGCAGCUGCAGUGACGAGGCGAGGGGAGUUAAAAACACGGAGUCUCCUUCAUCUGGGGAAACAUGAUGGCUAACUGAUUGAUUAACUGAUCCCUGACCUGCGCCAUCAAAAGAGGAUGCUGUCUCUAAAUAGUGAUGGAGAAACAUAACAUGGACUCUGCCUCCUAUUCAUCUCUUUAAAAGACAGUUAUUGCUGUACAUAAGCAUAUGAGGGCUCUUACUGUCUGUCACAGCUGUGUGCUGACCUAGUCAAGGAGGAAAGUGAAGGUGCCCCUGCAGAGGCCAAGCUAUGGGCUGCGGGGGGAGCAGGACCGAUGCUCUGGAGCCUCGCUACCUGGAGAGCUGGACCAAAGAGACGGAGUCGACGUGGCUGACAAGCACAGACACCGAUAUCCCCCUGUCAUCCAUCCAGAGCAUCCCCUCUGAGAACUCUGAGGCCGGCUUUACGUCUGAGAAAACAAUUAGCCCUGUUCCAGAUUUCUUUGAAGAUGGCCUCCCUCCUCCUGCUCAGGCUUAUCUGAAGGUCUGCUCAGCCGUGUCUGAGGCCAGUCUGAAUGAUGUGAAACCCAGCAGCCCACCCUCUGUGCUGGCCUCUCCACAGCAGGACAAGGUGCCACCUUCAUCAGUCACCACAGUGCAGCGCAGAAGUGUUUUACACACUGAAGAAAUUACAAAAUGGCAGGACAACAGAAUGUCGACCAAGCAAGUGACCAUUACCGUGACCCAGAGCAUCCACCAGGUGGACAAGAACGGAAAGGUCAAGAAAUCCCUUACAACAUAUGAGGUUAUGAAACCUGUGGAGACUCUAAAACAGGUGGCUACAGAAAACACCUGAGUGCAAGACACUGAAGAGGUCCUGCAAAUGUCUGAAAGUGAAAUAAAUCACCCGAAUCUGCUGAACACGACUUGUUGAAAAAACUUUAUGCAGAUGGAUGCACAAGACUGGAUUCCGACGAUAAUCGUGUUUACAUUUUUAUGUGUUUACUGUAUUUUGACAUGUUGGAAAGACUCACAUGUAAAGUAUUCAUUUGGUUCAUGAAAAGAUGUGAGAUUUCAAUGUUUUUACUAAACAAAAUUAACUCUACUGACUUGCAGAAGAAAAAGCGAAGAAAAUCCCUUUUAAGAUAAUUCUGGGAAAAAGAAUACGUGUAAAACCUCAGUUUUAUUUAAUGUUUCUAAAUAUUACACAAGUAUAAACAUUUUUAGGUCCUACAUAGGAUGCAAUGACAGACCUGGCUUCGGGCAUCUUGUUGCUUUGCAGUAAAGUGUUCACUUUCUAUCUGAUGAUUUUUGCUUUUUAAUAAAGUAAAAAAUAAAUAUAUGUUUCCCUUA